UUAGGCACCCUGACACAGGUGUGUCUUUUUACCUCAUUGCGUCUGUCUGUGGGAAAUCCACCUCCAUAUACAAAUCAGCUUAAUUUUCAGGAUUUAUUACAAUGAAGGUUCCACCGGCGGAACUGAUGAGUGAUAUACUGCUGCGGGUGAGGGGGGAGGCUGUCCUCCCUGUUCACAGCAGCAUUGCAAAGUUCAAACGUAAGGAUGGCAUGUAUGUGGUCGCCGAGGACUACAGUGAAAUUGUGAAAAAAAGGGAAAUUGUGAACGCCAAAGAACGUCUGCGGAUUAGGAACCUGAACACCAUGUUCUUCCGCUUGAAGCGCAUGGUGCCCCUCAUGCGCCCCGACCACAAGCCAAGCAAAGUGGACACACUCAAGGCGGCCUCCGAAUACAUCCGAUUGCUAGUGGCCGUGCUUCAGGACACUGAAAAGGGAGACACCACCGGCGGGACUGACUUCCUGAAGAAGGCCAUUAGUUAUGGAAAUGCUGAGGCCAUGAACAGUGGCUUGUGGGAAGAAGACGAUUUAAAUGACCUGUCAGAGUUGAAGAUGUCCGAGGGAUACACGCUGACUUUGCCUGUCGGAGCCUAUGGGGGAGAGCAAGCCGACCUCAAUGGACUGCUGCUGCAACACUGUGUGGUGCCCACCUACCAGUUCAUCAUCCAGAUUGCACCCGAUCAGAAUUCUCCUUUGAGCUAAUCUGCCCUUUCCAGAAAGGUUUUGAAAUGUCAUUACACUUGUCAGGGGCAUGCUGCUGUAAUUGGGUUCCAGAAGAAGAUUGAAUAAUUAUUUAUUUUGCAUUGCAUUAUAUUUUAUUUUAGUUCAGAGUUUUUACGAAUUUUGUUUGCCUUUUUGUAAAUGUAUUUAUUUCAGAAACUUCUUGGAUGCCCCCAAAAUAAAAUGUGCACUGUCUUGA